AUGGCCUCCACUGACGAAGACAGAGAAUUUAAUGGAAAGUCGAAGGAUGCGUGGAAUGUCCAACAUAUUGAUCUCGUCUUUGAUUCCAACUCAGAUCGAACCAUGUUCCCCAAUCCACUUUCGCAACGUCCAAACACACCACUUUGUUGGUUUGUCGACGGAGAUGACGCAGUGGCGGCCGAUGUGCAAGUGGAUACUGAAGGCGUGUCAAGUGAGGGAAUCAAAAUCAAAGCUGAAGCCUUUCCCUUGGCGGGACCCCGAUUGAAUAUUGCCUUUGAUCCCCAGAAAUCCAUUGCUGCUGUAGUAACCUGUGGAGGCUUGUGUCCAGGCCUCAAUACUGUCGUUCGUGAAAUUGUCAUGUGCCUGCGACGACAAUACGGAGUUCCCACCAUCUAUGGAAUCCCUUUUGGAUACCGAGGAUUCCAGGACCGCCCUUCUUGGAUCAAGUUGGACGAAAAAAAGGUGCGCAACUUUCACAAUAUGGGUGGAUCGUUUCUGGGAAGCUCUAGAGGCGGUCACGAUACCAAUGCGAUUGUUGAUGCGUUGGUCGAAGCUGGCAUCAAUUUGCUGUUCGUGACAGGAGGUGAUGGAACUUUGCGGGGUGCAGCCAAAAUUGCAGAAGAAAUUCAAUCGCGUGGAAUAGAAAUUGCAGUUGCGGUCAUCCCCAAGACUAUAGACAACGACAUUCCACUUAUUGAUCGAACGUUUGGUUUUGAAAGUGCCGUCGAUGCGGCGCGGCGUGCCAUUGAUGUCGCCGUGACUGAGGCCCAAGGAUUUCCGCUCGGCUUGGGAGUGGUCAAGGUCAUGGGGCGACAUUCCGGAUUCAUUGCUAUGCAUGCGACUUUGGGAUCUCGUGUUGUGGAUCUGUGCUUAGUCCCUGAAGUCGAUUUCUACUUAGACGGAGAAGGAGGCAUAGUCGAUCAUUUGGCCAACCGAUUGCUGGAGAAUGGAAACGCCAUCGUGGUGAUCGCUGAAGGAGCUGGACAAGAUCUCAUGGCCACUUUGGGUAGCAACGGUGUUACCAAACGAGACGCUUCAGGAAAUAUUAUAUUGGAUGACGUUGGCCCCUGGUUAAUCCAGCAACUAGAGCCACGAUUGAAUGAAAAGGUAAAAGGGAAGACACCCUUUAACGACCAGAUUAAAUUCAAAUACGUCGAUCCAUCCUACAUGGUCCGAGGCAUUCCUCCGUCUACUAACGACAAUAAUUUUUGCACUCAACUGGCCCAUAAUGCGGUCCAUGGUGCUAUGGCGGGUAUGACCUCCUUCUUGGUCGCAUCGGUCAAUACUCGUGGGUGCUACCUUCCCAUUGAUUUGAUUGCCAACAAGCAGAAUGUAAUUGAUACGUCCAACCAAUCGCUUUGGUCAUACGUUAUCUUUGAUACGCACCAACCCACUUUUACCCAGCAAGAUGAUUGUCAGCGUAGAUCUGAUUCCAGAAUGACUGCCUCUGGGGGUGUCAUUAUUGGGUAG